AAGCUAGAAUUAGAAAAAUUCACAUCUUAUUAAGAGGAAGAAACAAAGGAAAAAACAAAGAAUCAUCAUCUUCUGAAUAUAAACUCUGUGACAGAAGAAAUAUUGAAGCACAUAAUUCUGCAAGUAUCAGAAGAACAGACCAGAAGAAUAAAAUGCACUAUUAAAGAAGACAAGCAUACAACAGACAAUGUCAAAUUCCGACACAAAUAUGGAAGAAACUAAAAGCCUCAGUCUAGAAGAGGAUUUUGAAGGACAGGCCACACAUACAGGGCCCAAAGGAGUUAUCAAUGAUUGGAGAAAGUUUAAGUUGGAAAGUGAAGACGGUGAUUCCAUCCCACCCAACAAGAAGGAAAUUCUCAGACAAAUGUCUUCUCCUCAGAGUCGAGAUGACAAAGACACAAAAGAAAGAUUCGGCCGAAAGAUGAGUGUGCAAGAAUAUGAACUCAUCCAUCAGGACAAAGAGGAUGAGAACUGUCUCCGUAAAUACCGUAAGCAAUGCAUGCAAGACAUGCACCAGAAGCUAAGUUUUGGACCCAGGUAUGGGUUUGUAAGUGAGCUGGAGAAUGGGGAACAGUUCUUGGAAGCCAUUGAGAAGGAACAGAAGAUCACCACCAUCAUCGUUCACAUCUACGAAGAUGGUAUCAAGGGCUGUGAGGCCCUGAACAAUAGCCUAAAUUGUCUUGCUGCAGAAUACUCUAUGGUAAAAUUCUGUAAAAUCAAAGCUUCUAACACGGGUGCUGGGGACCGCUUCUCCUCAGAUGUGCUUCCUACACUGCUGGUCUACAAAGGUGGGGAGCUUAUCAGCAAUUUCAUUAGUGUCACUGAGCAGUUUGCUGAAGAUUUUUUUGCUGUGGAUGUCGAGUCUUUCCUAAAUGAAUAUGGGUUACUUCCCGAAAGGGAGAUCCAUGCACUGGAGCAGGCCAGCAUGGAAGAUGAAGAUAUUGAAUAAUUUAAGAUAUAAUAUUUCAAUAUCUCAAUUUUUUUUCUUUUAAUAUUACAAAGAGAUCUUUUUCUUUCUUUCUUUUCUUUUUUCUUCCAGAAAAAUCUGUGUGGUAAUUGCUAUUCUAACAUGUAAAAAAACUUAACACAAUAAGUGUAUGUUUGGAUGUUGUGGAUUUCUUAGCUUCAAACAUAGAUUUCUUUUUAGGUCAAUAAUAUCACCCUCUAACUAUGAGGGUUAGGAUAUAACCUUCAGCAAUGUUAUAAACAGAUUUAGAAAGAACUAAUGAUAAUUUGACAUUUUGGAUAGAAUCAAUUUUCUUUUUGGGGAAUUUUUUUUUUUAAGUCUCUAGCCUGAGCCUUUGGUUCAGGCCUCAGGAUUACUGUUUGAGAAGUUUUUAAUAAUGAACUACCUAUAUUCUGCUUAUGUAAUACCAAUGAAGUUACAAAGAUAGAUUUUUUUUUCUUUGUGAAAAAUCCAUUCCUUCUUACUGACUGAAUUUUGCA